GCACGCGGGCUUUGUGACAAUUUGCUUACCUUCAUUGUAAUGGAGCGGGUUUUGGGUUAAACAGCUGGCGCGGCAGCUCUGGAGCAAUUUUAGCUACAGAACUGCCGCAUGAUUAUGAAAAAGGAGAUGGCUGAAUUUGGACCAGAUUCCGGGGGCCGAGUUAAGGGUGUUACAAUUGUGAAACCAAUCGUUUAUGGAAAUGUUGCACGAUAUUUUGGAAAAAAGAGAGAAGAAGAUGGACACACUCAUCAGUGGACUGUGUAUGUGAAGCCAUACAGGAAUGAGGAUAUGUCUGCAUAUGUAAAAAAAAUUCAAUUCAAACUACAUGAAAGUUAUGGAAAUCCACUAAGAGUUGUCACAAAACCACCAUAUGAGAUAACAGAAACAGGCUGGGGUGAAUUUGAAAUUAUUAUUAAAAUCUUUUUCAUUGAUCCAAAUGAAAGGCCUGUCACCCUUUACCAUCUACUGAAACUUUUCCAGUCUGAUUCUAGCGCUAUGCCAAAAAAAAUAGUGGUUUCUGAAUUUUAUGAUGAAAUGAUAUUUCAAGACCCCACAGCAAUGAUGCAGCAGCUGUUAACAACUUCACGACAGUUAACACUGGGAGCCUAUAAACAUGAAACGGAAUUUGCUGAACUAGAAAUGAGAACAAGGGAGAAGUUGGAAGCUGCCAAGAAGAAGACCAGCUUUGAAAUUACAGAGUUAAAAGAGAGACUUAAAGCAAGCCGAGAAACAAUUAAUUUUUUAAAAAGUGAAAUCCGGAAAUUGGAGGAUGAUGACCAAAACAAAGAGACCUGAGUGUAACAAACUUUUGAAAAAAAUUUCUACACCUCGAAUAUAUUUAUAAUUUUUCUUAGAGGUUUUUAUUUUGAAUCUGUUAGCAUAUGUGUGUUUAAGCUUGUCAUUUGACAUGUAGUUGUAAUUUUAGUAGCUAGUAAACAUUAUUUUUCAGUAUACGUUUGUUUCUCUUAAAUUGUAUGUGUAUACAAUCUUCUAAGAUGAAUCUGGCAUUUUGAAAUGUUUUUCUAUAAGUGCCAAAUGCUUCUGAUUGUUAUUUUAGGGUGACUAACUUGAAAGGUUAGAUAUUUAACACUUUUUGCUUGUUUUCCCCCUACACAUCUGUGUGUUGAAUAGGUAAAUAGUGUUUUUAAUGGAAAGCACUUUAUUCAACACUCCAAAGAACCUCUUCAGUAAUUUAAAGAUUCUGAAAUAUUGUCCUAAGUGGUUGCAGUUAACUACUUUAGUCUUCUUUCCCAUUUUUGUCCAUUAUGCAGUGAAUCUGAGACUGUCAAUUUGGUAUUUACAUCACUGAUAAUGAAAGAGGGUUGUACUGUGCAUACUUCAAAAAGGAAGCCAUUUGCACUUAUUGCCCACUAACAAAUUAGAAAAAGAAAAUUUGACCAAGUCUAUAGAAAACAUUAAUGUGAUAUUCACAAUACAGAAACAGCAUUAUCUUGUUCUAUAAGAAAUAUUAUUGUUCUGAUGAAGAAAAUUCUGACAACUUGUAUUACACAGGGUAACAGAAGAAUAUGAUCCAAGAGCCAUAAACUAAUGAUAAAGAAUUUGUGCACCAGCAGAUAACCCCAUUUAUUGCCCUGUGUUUUGGGCAAGUGAGGUCAAUCAAAAUGAUGGUUAGCAUUCAUUCGCUGCAAGGCCUGCCUUCUUCUGCCAUUAGUCUAUGAAUUUUGUCAACUUCCUAUCCCUUUCUGGAUUUAUAGCUUGAUCAGUGGAAAGGUUUGGGAGUAGUGGAAGUAAGGGUGGUUCUUCUGGCUCUUUGUAUUUGUGACCAAAAAGACACUCUAUACCUGCACUUUGGGCAACCAGUUCAAAUUAUUUUGCACGUUCACACUUAACAAAUGAAUUUUGGUAUUUAAAAAAAAAAAUGUGAAGAUAGUAUUCCCAUUAUUUCUCAAGGCAGUUAAUUGUGUCCCUCAUGUCUUAGUUUCCUUACUCUUUUCACUGUACUUGCAACUGCUUGGAGAAGUAGUUGGAAAAUACAAUUAACUUUCAAAUAAAACAAAAUAUUAAUUAGGUGCAAUGAUAUAGACCGCAGCAAGAUACCGUUGCUUUUUGACUCAGGAGGCCUAAAUGUUAUGUUUUAACUAUGUGCCGAUUCAGUAAAACUAUCUUUAAUAUCAGUCCAUGUCUUACCACACCCUACAAAACCUGUUUUUUCCAGCUAAAGAUACAGGAAAAAAUUGUGAUGUUGCAGAUUACAGAAAUGGUAAUUUGUGCAUUUUUCUUUCUUGUAGAAAUGACUAUCACAGCAUUUCCUUGACAGGCUAUUCAAGUUCUGGUUGUAGCUUUCAGUUAAAUCAAAAUGCUGCAAGAAUCAUCACUGAAAUGGAUACAUAUGUCUGCAUAAAUUUUUAUUCCUUACCCUUGCUGUUUUCUCUCUUGUAAUGUCAUAAAUGGUUUAGUCCUAUCUUGCUUUACAGAUCUUAUUGCUGUCUAUACACUAGGAUGUACAUUUCAAUCAGGUUCAUAAGUGAAUAUGCAGUUAAUAAGAAAUAAUGUAAUUGGAUUAAGUUUCAAAGUCACUUUAACGUAUAAAUCCUUAAGUGGCUUUGGUCCUAUUUAACAGAAAUUUGCAGUACAUACAUAGUGAAAUAUAUGUUACAAUGUCAGGCUGUUGGUCAAAACUGUGAGAAUUAUUUGUUGCUUGUGUACGAGAUGCCCAGUUAGCCUCAAGGUUUGCAGACUGAACACUCGCAACUUUUAUUGUACCCAGUUUAGAGCUCCUGAAUAGGCUGUUCCUGCUCCAACUUUGUUAGUCAUUUGCUUGAAAAUAAAAAUCUUGGUAAUCAAAACUGUUA